UAUGCCCUGCUACGCCAGUCAGUUGACUCACUGUACAAUACCUCUCCCCUUCACUCUACUGCAGGGUGGGAGAUGCAACAAUGUCCUUGAGAACAGCAGGAAGUGUGUUGGGGGUCUUUCUCUGGUCUGUAGCAGUUGUACUGGGUCAGGAUGGCUGGAGUGUUACAUACACCACUCAGAGUAUCUGUACCUUGAAGGGGUCAACUGUGGAGAUGUCCUGCUCUUACACAUAUCCCAGAGGUACAGUCACAUCAACCUUCUGGUUCACGAAAAAUGAUGGUGAGGGGAAUCCUGUGAGUCUGAGUGAUGACGCAGACUACAAAGCUCGUGUGACAUAUAAUAAAGAUAACAAGAAUGACUGCACUCUGAGAAUCACAGACCUGAGAGAGAGUGACUCAGCUACGUACAAGUUCAGAUUCAUAACAGAUCAGACUGGAGGGAGAUUUACUGGCAGUCCUGGAGUCACUCUGUCUGUCACAGAUCUGCAGGUGAAGGUGACUCCUUAUUCAGUUGUAUCAGCGUGGAAGACACUGACUUGCACCACCUGUGUUCUGACUGGUAACCCCACCUACAUCUGGUACAAGAACGGACAGAUAGUAACUGACAACACUUCUCCCUAUUCAGUCCUCCCUGAUGCUGCAGACAGCUACUCCUGUGCUGUAAAAGGCCAUGAGGGUCUCCACACUCCUGCAGUGUGUGUUCAGGAUCAGAGCUGCAACAGAGUAACUUAUAUUGACAAGAGUAUCUGUGCCUUGAAGGGGUCAUCAGUGGACAUAUCCUGUACUUAUUCCAGUUAUCAUCCGAUCAAAACAACAUUCUGGUUUAGAAGUGAUAAGUCGGCCCCUGAGGACCUAACCAGAGACCCAGAGUAUGCAGGUCGGGCCCUGGAGAGCCUUCCCUCCAUCCUGAGAAUCACUGAUCUGAGAGAGAGCGACUCAGCUGAGUAUAAAUUCAGAUUCAACACACAGAUCUCAGGAUGGGGGUACAGCUUCCCUGGAACAACUCUGUCUGUCACAGACCUGCAGGUGAAGGUGACUCCUGACACAGAGGCAGGGAAGAGAACACUGACCUGUAUCACCACCUGUACUCUGACUGACAACCCCUCCUACAUCUGGUACAGGAACGGACAGCGUCUAGAUGAGUCUACUUCCCUGCAAUACUCUGUCAAUAAUUCUUAUUCAGACAGUUACUCCUGUGCUGUAAAAAGCCAUGAGGAUCUCCAAGCUCCUGCAGUGUGUGUUGUGGGUGAGAGCUGUAUGAAUGUGACUUACACCCAUCAGAGUAUCUGUGCUUUGAAAGGGUCAACAGUGGACAUAUCCUGCUUUUACACACAUCCCAGUUGGCAUAACGUCACAGAAGUGUCCUGGUUCAACAAAUGGGAGACUGGUGUAACUAACGAUCUGAGCCAGGACCCAGAAUAUGCAGAUCGUGUGGAAUACCAUCGACAAACAGACAAGGACUCCACUCUAAAAAUCACAGACCUGAGGGAAAGAGACUCAACUGAGUACAAGUUCAGAUUUAAAACAGUUCAUGCAGAAUGGGGAUAUACCUUCUCUGGAACAACUCUGUCUGUCACAGGUCUGCAGGUGGAGAUGACUCCUGCCACAGUGACUGAGGGACAGAGAGUGACACUGGCCUGUAGGACCGUCUGUACUCUGACUGAUAACCCCAACCCCUCCUACAUCUGGUACAAGUUAGGCCAGCGUCUCACCAACCAAAAUAACAGCCUGAUCCUCAACCCAGUCAGCAGUGAGGAUGCAGGCAGAUACUCCUGUUCUGUAGAAGGACAUGAGGAUCUCCCCUCUGAUGAAGAGACUCUCACUGUCAGAUAUGGCCCAAAGAACACACUGGCAUCAAUCCAUCUCUCUGAUGAAAUAGUGGAGGGCAGUUCAGUGACUCUGACCUGCAGCAGUGAUGCCAACCCACCUGUGGACAAAUACACCUGGUACAAGAAGAUUGGAGCCCACUAUCAGUCUUUCACCCAUGGGAACACAGAACUACAGCAUGUCUUCAGUCACAUCCAGUCAUCUGACAGUGGAGAGUACUACUGUGAGUCCCAGAAUGAGUUGGGGACAGACAGGUCUGAGUCUAUCAACAUGGAUGUGAAAUAUGGCCCAAAGAGCACCUCAGUGUCAGUCAGUCCCUCUGGUGACAUAGUGGAGGGCAGUUCAGUGACUCUGACCUGCAGCAGUGAUGCCAACCCACCUGUGCAGAGUUAUGCCUGGUACAAGAAUGGAAGUGUCUAUCAGAGUAUCUUCUAUGGGAACACAGAACCACAGCAGGUUUUCAGCCAAAUCAAGUCAUCUGAUACUAGACAGUACUACUGCUGGGUCUCGAAUGGAAUUAGUACGGAUAGGUCUCCAUCUUUAGACAUCGAUGUUAAAUAUGCCCCCAAAAGCACCUCAGUGUCAGUCAGUCCCUCUGGUGAAAUAGUGGAGGGCAGUUCAGUGACUCUGACCUGCAGCAGUGAUGCCAACCCACCUGUGGACAAAUACACCUGGUACAAGAAGAACGUAUCCUCACCAAAAGCAUCAGGACAGAGUUACAGCAUCACUAACAUCAUCUCUGAGGACAGAGGAGAAUAUUACUGUGAGGCUGAGAAUAAAUAUGGACGACUCAACUCUUCUUCUGUGUUUGUGGACGUUCAGUAUGACCCAAAGAACACCUCAGUGUCAGUCAGUCCCUCUGGUGAAAUAGUGGAGGGCAGUUCAGUGACUCUGACCUGCAACAGUGAUGCCAACCCACCUGUGGAGAGUUACACCUGGUGGUACAGGAAGAAUGGAGGUGACUAUCAGAGUAUGACAGGACCACAGCAAGUCUUCAACCAAAUCCAGUCAUCUGACACUGGAGAGUACUACUGUGAGGCCUGGAAUGGGAUGAAGACGGGGAGGUCUGAGUCAAUCAACAUCGAUGUGAAAUAUGGCCCAAAGAACAUCUCAGUGUCAGUCAGUCCCUCUGGUGAAAUAGUGGAGGGCAGUUCAGUGACUCUGACCUGCAGCAGUGAUGCCAACCCACCUGUGGACAAAUACACCUGGUACAAGAAGAACGUAACCUCACCAAAAGCAUCAGGACAGAGUUACAGCAUCACUAACAUCAUCUCUGAGGACAGAGGAGAAUAUUACUGUGAGGCUGAGAAUAAAUAUGGACGACUCAACUCUUCUUCUGUGUCUGUGGACGUUCAGUAUGGCCCAAAGAACACCUCAGUGUCAGUCAGUCCCUCUGGUGAAAUAGUGGAGGGCAGUUCAGUGACGCUGACCUGCAGCAGUGAUGCCAACCCACCUGUGAAGCGUUAUACCUGGUACAAGACGAAUGGCCAUCAGUCUGUCUCCUACGGGAACACAGGACCACAGCAAGUCUUCAACCAAAUCCAGUCAUCUGACACUGGAGAGUACUACUGUGAGGCCUGGAAUGGGAUGAAGACAGGGAGGUCUGAGUCAAUCAACAUGGAUGUGAAAUAUGGCCCAAGGAACACUUCAGUGUCAGUCAGUCCCUCUGGUGAAAUAGUGGAGGGCAGUUCAGUGACUCUGACCUGCAGCAGUGAUGCCAACCCACCUGUCCAGAGUUACACCUGGUACAAGAAGAAUGGAGGUGACUAUCAGAGUAUGACAGGACCACAGCAUGUCUUCAGUCACAUCCAGUCAUCUGACACUGGGGUGUACUACUGUGAGGCCUGGAAUGGGAUGAAGACAGGGAGGUCUGAGUAUAUCGACAUUGAUGUGAAAUAUGCUCCAAAGAACACCUCAGUGUCAGUCAGUCCCUCUGUUGAAAUAACGGAGGGCAGUCCAGUGACUCUGACCUGCAGCAGUGAUGCCAACCCACCUGUGCAGAUUUACAUCUGGUACAAGACGAAUGGAGCUGAAACCUCCAUGAGACAUUCUGGAUGGAGUUACAGGAUCACUAACAUCAGCCCUGAGGACAGAGGAGAAUACUACUGUCUUGCAGUGAAUGAAGUUGGAUGCAAAAGAUCAAAGCUUGUUCCUCUAAAGGUUUUGUGUAAACCAAAGACCACCUCAGUGUCAGUCAGUCCCUCUGGUGAAAUAGUGGAGGGCAGUUCAGUGACUCUGACCUGCAGCAGUGAUGCCAACCCACCUGUGGACAAAUACACCUGGUACAAGAAGAAUGGAGCUUCACUGAAGGGAUCUGAAAACACCUUCCUCAUCACCAACAUUAACUCUGAGGACAGUGGAGAAUACUACUGUGAGGCUGAGAAUGAAUAUGGAGGUCUCAACUCUUCCACAAUUUCUGUAGAUGUUCAGUAUGGACCAAAGAACACCUCAGUGUCAGUCAGCCCCUCUGGUGAAAUAGUGGAGGGCAGUUCAGUGACUCUGACCUGCAGCAGUGAUGCCAACCCACCUGUGGACAAAUACAGCUGGUACAAGAAGAAUGUAACCUCACCAGUAUUGUCAGGACAGAAUUACAACAUCACUAACAUCAGCUCUGAGGACAGUGGACAUUACUUUUGUGAGGCCAGGAAUAAAAUAGCAUCUGAGAACUCUACAGCUCUGAAGAUCAUUGUAGCAGGGAAACAGACCUCAAUUACGACUGCAGCUGUAGGAAUCAUAGUUGUUGUUCUGGUUCUCGUGCUCUGUCUCUCUGGCUUCAUGUGGUUCAGGAAGAAGGCAUCCAAAUCCACCUUAAUAGAAACCAGAGACACAGCAGACGAGGGACAGGGAAACUCUACUCUCCUUUAUGACAACAUGGCCAUGCAGCAGAGACAGCAGUCACCGUCGAGUCAGGAUGACGUUCACCACACCAGCGUCCACGUCUCUCCCUCCAAAAACCAGGAAGAGCUUUGUGCUCCAUCGUCCAACUGCCUCAACCCCAGAAACAGGACAGAGAUGUCCAGUACACUGCUGUGAAAUUCAACCCCCCCAGUGCUACCACCCGACCCACGGCGGCACAAGCAGCUGAGGAGGACACCUCUGAGAUCUACAGAACAGUCAACAAACCCAGAACCAAGACCACCUGAACACAACAAAACCAAGAACACCUGAACACAACAAACCCCAAACCAAGAAGAACUUAAAACAACAAUCCCAGAACCAAGAAGACCUGAACACAACAAACCCAGAACCAAGAAGACCUGAACACAACAAACCUAAACCAAGAAGACCUGAACACAACAAACCUAAACAAAGAAGACCUGAACACAACAAACUGUUUUUAAGAAAUGUUUGCAAAAAACGAAACAACUGAAAUAUACAUUUACAUAAGUAUUCAGACCUUGGUUGAUGCGCCAUUGGCAGCGAUUACAGCCUCCAGUGUUCUUGGGUAUGAUGCUACAAGGUUAUACAUUUUUUACAGCAAGUACAUUUUGUUUCAUAUGUCAGUUACGCAAAUACAUUCAAUUCAUUUAUAUACACUUAAUAUAAGUUUGCUAGAUUUUUUAAAAUAUAUUUGUUUCAUUGUUUUUAUCACAAAGUUAUAGCACAAUUUUGACUCAAAUUUAAGGAAAUAGUUCUUCUUGAUUCAACGUUUCUUAUUACUUUUAUCAUGUUUGUUUUUUUACUAAUGUGUGAAGUGUAAACAAUCUAUCAUAAACUUCAUUGUCAUUGUUGUUACCUUGUUAUGACAGUAUUUUCAGUGGAGAGAAAAUUAAAAGCUUUUAAAAUCACAAUCUUGUACUGUACAUACAGUAACUACAAAUAAUACAUUUACAUUAGUUUGUAGAGCAAUAGUGGUUCAUUCACCUUCAUAAUCAUUAUUUCCAUACGAAAUGUACACACACUUUCAGAAGAAGCAAAGUCCAGCUCCUAGACACACAACCAGUUCCAUAAAAUAUUAUUUAUUGUCAUUUUUAAAAUGCAGACACAAUGUGACUCAAUAAACCGAGACAGACAGACUGACUGGUAUGCAUGGCAGGUCUAAAAAAAAAUCAUUUGGCCAAAUACUCAGUCAGCUGAAGACACUUCUUUCACACAAAAUGGCCGUUCAGACAUUUGGUAUCGCUGAACAAUGUCUGCUUUAUGUAGCAAACAAGCUGGCUGAGAUAGCUCGUUCACUAAAUUCAUAAGCCACUCCCACGUCAACUCUUAACACAGUAUUUUUACAUGGGAUGGUUUACUAUUUAUUUUUAAAUGUUAUUUUAUCUUCAAUUUUGUGUAAAUUCAUUGGUAUCUUUAUCUACUGCCAUCUUCUGUUUGAAUCAUGUUUGGGGCAACAGGUAGCCUAGUGGUGAGAGUGUUGGGCCAGUAACAGAAAGGUUGCUGGAUCAAAUCCCCAAGCUGACAAGGUAAAAAUCUGUCAUUCUGCCCCUGAACAAGGCAGUUAACCUAUUAGGCUGUCAUUGUAAAUAAGAACUUGUUCUUAACUGACUUGCAUAGUUAAAUAAAGGUUAAAUUAAAAUCCUA